AUGCAACUAUCGCGAACAGCCUACCGCGCAGCCCUCUUCCAUCUCAGCGUGAACCCUCUCUUCACCCGUGCCUCAAUCCAACAACCCAGCUGGAGCCUCACCACGACAACACCCCAACCCCCAACCUCGCGCCUCUACACAAUUCUCUUCCCACAGUGCAAAACCAACACACGACAAGCCCAUACAAUGUCCACCUCAACCCCUGAAACCAACCCCAACAACCCCAACCAAGGGACCUCCUCCGAAUCUGAGGCCCAAAAUCCAGGCCCGGAACAACAAGCGCAAGAGCCAGAGGCAGAGCAGCUCUACCUCCCGGAAACCGCCUCCACCGAAGAAGGCCAACAAAAAAACCUCCGCCUAGACCUUGGCGCAGACGGCGGUGUCUCACUGGACCAUCUCGGUCCUAUGGUCGUGAAUGUUGACGGGACGUUGUCUCGGAUCAGUAAUUGGGAUAAGAUGACGGAGAUGGAGCAGAAGAGUACGCUGCGGGUCCUUGGGAAGCGGAAUAAGCAGCGGUUGGAGGCUUUGAAGGCUCAGGGCGUAGAGUAA